GGACAAUCUUUCAACUAACACCGCAAUAAUUCAUCCAUCAACUACAAUCCGUUGACGUUAUUGCGAGAUUAGUCAAUGUCCUUUCCUUUAAAUAUAUUAUAGAGUUGUUUUUUGUUAUUUAAAAAAAAGUAAUCAGGGAUUAGUUUAAAUUGACCAUUGAUCUGUACACUGAAAUUGUAAACAAUUUUCUGGUGUUGUGAUCUAAUUAAUUGAUGAUGGCAGAGGAAAAAAAGUUGACAAAUUUUGCAGUACAAAAUGGAUCAGUUGAUAUUUGUGAAGUCAUUAAGAGUUAUAUACCAAUCUUGAAUGUAAGAAGAUUAUCAGACAAGGCCACUUUGCCUAAAAGAAUGUUCCCUCAUUCUGCUGCUUAUGAUCUUUUCAGUGCAAGGGACACUGUGGUGCCAGCUCGAGGCAAGGCGAAAAUUGCCACUGACUUAAGCAUAGACUUACCUCCAGGAACCUACGGUCGUGUUGCUGCAAGAUCAAGUGUAGCUUGGCGUCAUUCCAUCGAUGUUGGCGGUGGAGUGGUUGAUGCAGACAAAAAUCAUGUUUUCGUGAUACUGUUCAAUCAUUCUGAUAUUGAUUUCGAGGUGAAGGUUGGCGAUAACAUAGCACAGCUAGUCAUUGAGCUCCAUGCUAUACCUGAGGUUGUUGAGGUUUAUCAGUAAUUAUGUUCAAGAUUUGCCGGAGCAACUCUAUGUCUAUGGAUGUUACGCAGUUAUUAUGUUUAUUGUUUAAUUUCACUCUCAUGCUCAGAGGCUGAUGUAGAACGGGUUCUUUGGUUUCAACUGAGCUCAUCGCUCGAACUAUCUAUACAUUUGCCAGAACAAAAUAAAAAAUGUAUGCAUAUACAAGCAUCACUCAUUUUCGAA